AAAAUAUAUUGUUUGCAGACAACAGGAUUUUUGAAGAUAAUUAAUAGAGAGUGCGGGAAAAUAAUAUAGUUCCCUCACUUUUUGCUGAACUAUGAUAUUUAGGUAGUUGUAUCAAAUAAAAUGGGGGAAAAACUACCACGAAAGUUUGCCAAUUGGUCUAGAACUCAUUCCACCCCCCCCCCCUCCAAAGGGUGUUCCGGUGUCCCUGCUCUGGUGAUGUAUAACCCUUUAAAGGUUGUCUUUCACUUGCCCCGUGCUUUGUUGCCCAGUGAUGUGAGCGAACCUAUAUUGAACAAGUUUAGGAUCACGGCAGUUUUGUAAAACAUUUCAGCAAAAAUUCCAUCUCAGUGCCAAGCGGAAAAGCUUGUUCGUAGUCGGUUUGCUAGACUAAACAAAUUCCAGCUUUGUUUGUUCCGGUGUAAUAUGCGUAAUAUGCAUUCCGGUGUAGGUCGGGUUUAUUGUAUAAAAUCCAGAAAUCUCUUUGCGAUGAGCCAACAGUCAAAAUUGCUGUGCAUGAUGAACAACACAUUUGCUUUUUGUUACUCUGCUUAUUCGCAUUUAAACACAUGACCGGUUAUCAAGCAGAAACGAGUUUUAAAUAGUUCCAAAAAUUUUAACUGUAUGGUGAUCAUCAUUGUUGAGGUUCCCCCACGCUCAAUUACACAUCAUUGUAUUUUCAUGCGUCUUAAUGAAUAUGACUGGUUUGCGACGGGGGUAUCAUGCACUUUUUCAAAGCCUCGUAUUACACUUGUUCAGAUCUUCGAGAUGAGGCUCGCUGAAUGUGGCGAACUAAUUACGACGUUUUCCCAGCAGCCUUUUGCAUUUAAACCUGUUCUUCGAAAUCAGUGGCGAUGCUGUGAGGAUUAGAAAAUGAGAUGUUUUGAACUCGCCGCUUUUUCGCACAAAAAAUUGUACAAAGCUUAACUUUUUCUAAUUUCAAUCAUUCAUAUAUUGGCGAACAAAGAUGCCAUACAUACAGCACACGUUGCGCUUAGCGUUGAAUUUUGCAUGUGUUGUACUGCAACUACUAAAAAUGACUUAUACAAAUUAUACUCGAGUGGCUUAUACAAAUGACUUAUACAAAUCAUAUAUACAAAAAUACAAUACUUAGUGCGUGCUAUUCUACUCGAGUGGAAAAAAUCAAAAGAAAAUCACUGAACAUCUUUUACUGGUUUUUUUAGACUGUUUGGUUUGGGAACAGUUGAUGCAGAUUUCAUUAAGAAAGCUCCGUGUGUAUCCAGCCUUUCCCAAAAAAAGUCAAUUGUCUUUGUCCUAAUGAACAAAGCGUUGACAAAUUUGCUUCUUGGUAGAUGCUUUCCUUGAGGAAAACCUAGAACCGAUUCAGGCAAUUUUAUAUUUUUUUUCUUGCAAAAUGGCUUCUUUUGAAGAUCGAGGAAAUUGUUUUGCGUAUUUAACAUGACACAAGCUCUUUCGAAAGUAUAUAUAUUUGCAAAGCAAGUAUAAAAUUUGACAUAUCAUGCACACAGAUGGCCACUGAUUUCUUUCGCUCACUUAAAGCAUGCUGUGUUGGCUAAGUCAAUUUACCACAAGAAGUUGCAUGCAGUGGUUAAUGGUGGCUUUUUCGUUUGUACGUCGAUCGAUUCCAAAACUGCUAGAUGAAAAGACGACCGGGCUCUGCCAAUUAUCUGAAACAUGUCGCAAACAUUAUAGAAUUUUGCACAAUCUGCGUUGUAUAAAAGGUGUUGUCCCACAAGGCUCGAACUCAAUUUUGUACUUAAAAGACACAACGAAAAUACGAAUGUUCUCCAGAAACUUGUGGUUGGGUCGAGGACCAAUAUAUGUUCCUAAUGAAGACUCAGGCCUCAUCAAUUACAUGUAUGCAACAAAUGACAAUGCAACAUAUGUGAAUUUGCAGAUGGCAAAAUCUAUUAAAUCAUUAACAUCAGGAUUCAUAUACUUGACUGUUUGUAACAAUGCAGUAUGGUUAUCUUUAAGCAGGUUUUUCAAGUACCAGCUUAUCUCUUAUAUUCUAGAUCUUCUUAAUUGUUUCUUGAUUUUUCUAAUCGUUCAAUGUUGUUAAGUCAUAUCAAACUGUCAAAUAUCAAAACAUAGAUGACAGCGAUGAAACCAGUCUGUGCCGAGAUAAAACCUCCUGGUGUUCAAGACCUUUGUUAAUGGUUCUGUUCACGUGUGAAACAAACAAUGGAGUUCAUGCACAAGUUCUUGAGGAGUAAAUGAAGCGUGUCGCUUAAGCCUCUAGCCAUUGAGCUUCCUGUGUGAUUUGAUAAGCACUCAAAUGGUGUAAUUUCCAACUUUUAUUGAAGAGAAAAACAUUUUUCAUAUAUUGCAAAUUUUAGGGCAACAGCAUGGCCUCUCAUGUUACAAUCCAAGACAGUUGUAGAGUAGGCCCACAGGAUUAAUUUGCUGUCAGUCUUCUUCGAAAUAAAGACGAUAACAAACAGUUUAUAGAUUUGCAUCUUGAAAUUAUAUAUCAACAAAUUCGACGAUUCAUGCAGCACAAACUAUCUUCUUUACCUCACAAAGUAUCAUCGUCAUUAGCUGUAUUCAUUUUGUAAGUUCUUCAGUAAACAGUGCUGAUUGUCAUCGUCUUCAAGGAAUCGAAGAGUGCAGCGAAGUUGUAAUGCAUAAGCAAACUGAAAUCUUGAAGAAAAGUCAGCGUUGAAGUCUCGGUUCUUCAACUAAUCAAGAAUUUGCCGUGAAGAUCUUAAAGAUGGCUCCAAUCACUCGCAAGCGGAAACGUGACUCGGAAAGGGCAGCCGUUCAUUGCCAAAUGAUAGAAAACAUGGGUUACUUCAAAGACCUUCCAACGGAGAUUGUUGAAAUCGUUCUCAGUCACUUAGACGCACCAUCUCUUUCCUCGAUAUCGUGUGCGUGCAAAAAAUUGCACGAGCAAACCCAGAAGGCUUGGAAAACGCUGUGCAGAAAACUCACCCUCGACUACACACCAACACCUCUCUGCGUUGCGUCACCUUCUGUUACGUCAUCGCUAUAUUAUUAUGACGAAGCGUUGCGAAAGUGCACUAGUGACAGUAGUAAAUGGCGAAUAAUAGCAAUACGUUACUGGCUUUGCUGUCGUUGGAAAUGCGUCGUUUGCUUCAGAAGCUGUGCCAGACGUUCAGACCCACACCGUGACAUUCUUCUCUGUGAGUCAUGUCACCCUGUGUUUUACAAAAGAAAGAGCUGUGCCAAGGAGCAAUUCGGUUUGACGGAGAGAGAUUUACACCUCAUCGUAAGCAAUGGGUAUGAGUAUUUAAUAACAGACCUAAUAUUCCUUGCUCGAACAAAAUACGGAGGCAAAGAUGGCUUGGAACAGCGCUUACAGGAGAAGAAAGACCUGAAAAUGAGACGAGAAGCUGAAAAAGAAUGUAGUUUGGUCAAACGAGAAUCGGAGGUUGUCGAUGCUUUGAUGCGAAAUAGAAGCACAUAUAGAGAUGUGCGCGUAGUCGACUCGAGGUUCAUGCCAUUUGUCUCUAUCCCAGCAACGUAUCGGAGAUGUUCGUCACAAACAGCUGAUGACGCCGCACUUUGGCUCAUCUCGAUGAAACAUAGGUACAAGGCACGGUACAAAUGUCUUUUGAACCAAAUUUUGAUACAGUCUUCAAGAUGCAAAGGCUGCAAAAAUAUGCCGUCCCAAAGUAUUGGCUCAGUAGUAACGUGUAGCCACGUGACAACUCAAGAGGCAAACAGAACAUUUUCCUUCAUUAAAGAAAAUUUCCCAAAGGACAUUAAAGCUUAUAUGAAAUCGGGAUUGCUGAGCGAAUCUCCCAAUGGACCCCAGGAUUGCGAGAAAUGGGCCGCUGCGGAGCUUUUCGAACGGGCGGAAAGAAAAAUCAACCUCAAGAAGGCGCUGCAGGAUCUUGAAAACGAGUGGCCUCCUAUUGUCAAAGAAGAUUUAAAAGAUCCAUUGAAAUGCUCGAUGGCAGAAGAUUUUGUGCAGAAGGGAGUGGUGGUUCUUCAGCACCAAACAGGCAAAUGCAGGCUGAAGCGUGCAAAAGACAUCGCAAGGGUCAUCUUAGCCGCUGCGCGUGGUUGGCAGAGCAGGAACUCAGAGCUGACUAAUUUGAUGGAGAGCAGGGGAUUUGUGUCACCGCUUGAUAAGCUCAAACCUGAAUGCAAAUCGUUAAUGGAGGAUUACGUGGACCAUAUGGUUAUAGUACGGAAUGGCACUAUGGUUGCGUGCUCUGCUCUGGAAGUAGCCAAUCAAAUAGCUGCUCUUCAAGGAAUAAGUCCCGAGCCAGGAUCUCCUACAACAAAGAGGUGUUUUAGGAUAUAUAGUGAAUGCUUUCCUCAAGAAGAUCCUACGUUGAUGAUGAAGAAUCGGGAGAAAUCAUUGAAGUCACGGAUGGCGACACUGGCAGCGUCCGGGCAAGCUACAGAAGAUAGGAAAUAUGCACGCUCGUCUAUUGAUGAUUUCAUUAAAAAUGGCAGUACUAGCUCUUUAUUUGGAUACAAGCUUACUACACCAGAAGCAGUUGCUGAAAUCGCUAAGCUAAAGACAAGAGUAUUUUCAGACCAAGGACAACAUUCAAAAUUUUCUAAUGAAGAGAAUUUAGAUACAUAAUAAUAUUGUAACUCUAGUAUGUACAUAAAAUUGUGUUUUUGAAUAUUAUGGCUCUUGUUAAUGUUGCUGAAAAUUUAUUACAAAGUUUGAUAAUAUAUAUGGUAGGUAUUUGAUAAAUUAUUAUGCUAUCAUCGCUAGUUUCUUGUUUGAUAACGUUUCAAGGGAAAAAUGCUAUUAGUCUUCACAUAAAAAAUAGACGUAAGAGCUAUUUCCUAGUUACGUUUUUACAUAUGUUAGGUAGGUUCCCGAAAAUUGGCGAUUUGUCUUAGGUAGUAGGUUAAGAAGGUAGGAUUUUCGUGAAUGAGCAAUUUAUAUAUAACAACCCCCUUCCUAACCGUUUAGGACGACACCCCUGCCUCUCCCUUAAAAAGCCUUUUUAGUAACCAAAUAUUAAUGUUAUCAUUUUUACAUUGAGCUAGCAUGAGUGCAUUAAAACUCUGCCUCUUCCAAAUUGUUUGACCUUAUCGUAUAUCUCCGUGUAACGUGUUUACAUCGCGUAAGACGAGUUCUGUUUUUGCCCUUUUGAUGUAUUCAAAAAAAUUAAGGAUUAGCCUUGAUGGAAAUCUCUAUGUCAGAAUGAAGUAGAAGAUAACGUUAAGCAAAAAGAACACUAAAAUUUAAAAGGCUGUAAAACUAUUUCCUUAUUGUAGUUUUGUACAAAGGGCAUUGUCCAAAUAAAAAACGCGAGUAUAAAGCGACAUUUAAAACCUUUUCCUUCAAGACUGAAAUAUUGUCUCUACGUCACUUUCAAUAUAGGUAUUUCUACGUUAUAUUUGCAGUUUAUUCAGAUUUCAUAGAGUUAUUCCUUUGCACACUUUUUCAAGCCUUAGCAGACGACUAAAUGUUGGAUCAUAGUGGUAAAACCUCUUUACAUCACUGACUCAACUUGUAUAUAGCGGAUAUAAGCAGUGCUUCGAAAGGAAAAGGAGCAAUGUAACUUCCAAGACCAAAAAAGGCUGCUUAUAGUGGAUUCAUUUUCUGAAUUUAUCAAGAAAACUUAAAAUUUUUGGUUUAGACAUAAAACCCAACACAAAUCUCAGAGUACAUAUAGUGAACUGAAAACCUCCUGUAAGUUAGAUACCUGGAUCAAAGCAAUGCUCUCUGUAAAAAACUAAGAUAAAUUUCACUUCCUCUGUUACGUGCUCAAAUCGCUAAAUUAUUGCCUUUAUAAUGUUAGAGUAUUUAAAUCUUGUAAACACUCUGAUGAAAAUAAAAAAUUUGUAUGAAAAAAGUGCAGUCCUUAUUUUUUAAAACCUCUGUCUUUUGUAAUGCUUUUCUUAAAUAUUACUCUUUUUUAGAUUCUUACGACACAAAAAGAUAAACCAUGCCCUAAAGAGACAAAAAAUUGCCCAGUUUUCAAGAAAAGUACACUUUAUAACUCAGUGCAAAAUAGAAUGAUACCUCUUGAGUCUUGAUAUGAUUAUGAUAAAGUACAUUCUUAAAGGAUCCGUUCUCCUUGCUUACUAUUCAGUGGCGAUACAGAGAGGGAGCCUAGACAAAUUGAGUGCCCUCGAGGAAAUUAAUGGAAAUUGGGGUACAGAACUUGAAAAUGGCUUUGAAAGAAGCAAAAUUUUCAUAUCAUAUUGGCUAGAAGAUCUUCGUCUGACACUGCUCAGAGCAUAAAAUGCCGGAAUAUGGGUCCGAAAGAACACGAUGAAAAAUGCAUACCCAGGUGUGGAUAAUAUAUUUUUGGAUAAUAAAUUUACAACUGGGUAUAUAUUUUUCA